AAAUCCAUCAGUGAAAUGUAUUCUGAGUAUAUACUGAUUGUUUGUUCCACACAUGAUUUUCUAGAAUCCACUCAGGCUGUUCAGUCCCUCCAUGGCUCUGGGCGUGGGGCCGGCACACUUGGUCGUGAUCGAGAGAUUAAAAAACUCAAUGAGGAAAUCGAUCGGCUAAAAAAGAAACUGGCAGACUCUGAUAGGCUGGAGCACCAGCUCGAGGAGGCAGUGACUCUUCGACAGGACUUUGAAAGUUCCUCCUCCAAACUAAAGGCACUGGACAAGCAAGUUAAAGCUCUAAAGCUGGAGAAAGAGGAUAUCCAUAAGCAACUGGUGGAGUCUCUGGAUCGCCUGAAGUCUCAGACCAAGGAGCUGAAGGACGCCCACCAGCAGAGGAAGCUGGCCAUGCAGGAGUUUUCGGAGCUGAACGAGCGCAUGGCCGAGCUGCGCUCACAGAAACAGCGUCUGUCGAGACAGCUGCGGGACAAGGAGGAGGAGAUGGAGGUGGUGAUGCAAAAGAUCGACGCCAUGCGCCAGGACAUCCGCAAAACAGAGAAGGCCCGCAAAGAGGGGCUUUCAAUCAGGAAGACGUAUUUAUGCUGCAUGUGUCAUCCUGGUAUCCUGAACCUGUGCCGUGCAGUGCUUAUUACUCCGCAUCAUCAUGUUCACACCCCCGAGGCUGACGGAGGACACAGUCAGAUGAAAAUAAGGCCAUGCAAUGCUCCACAUUUUUGAAGUUCAUCAGCCACCCUCCAGAGAGAGACAGGCUCAACAGCUCCAAACCUCCCUAGACGACAGCAGGAAUGUCUUCACACCCAGUCCCGCCCCCUCCGGACUCACGGACCCCAUGACCUCCUCUGGACCUCAGUGACUAACUCGAGCCAGAUGAGCGACACUGACCGCAGUGCUGACUGCAGCUGGAUUGAGACCCUCCCCUAUUUAUACACUCUUCUCUUUUAUGUUUCUUUUCUUUCUCGCCCAUGCACAAGGCGGAAGUGUCUUGGGGCGAACUAAAUUGUUGUUCUUGAUGUCAGGAUCUUUUUAGUGCUCAAAGACAUGGCAUCUCUAGGGGUGUGUGCAGUGGAAAUUAGGUCAAGUUUGAAGGGUUUAUGAGAAUGUCUAUACAAAUCCAAGUCCCCCCCCCAAUAUUGAUU